AUGGAUCAGAAUGGCAAAGGUGGUACAAGAAAGCUUUGUCACCAGGGCAGCAAAUCUGAGGGCCGUGAACAAGGAGAAGCUCUUCUGGUAAUCUUCUCCGAGACAGUCCAGAGUCGCAGCCUGUGUAGGCCUCUCUCGACCAUGAAUUUGGACUCCGCGGUCUGGCUAGCGACCGGUAUGGAUGUGUAUAAUGUAGGCUCCAGCAAUGAAUUGCUCAUCUUUGCACGAUGA